CUGACAUUGAUGCAUGUGUUGAUAAAGCUGCAAACAUUCAAAAUGAGAUUAACAAAGAUUUUGAGGAAAGGGUGACAGCUAAUUUUGCACAGUAUUCUGCAUCUAAUUCAGGAAGGCUAUGGAGUAAUAGUACUGAAUCCCAAUGAGAACUAUAUUGAAGUGGAAAAGACAAAAGCCCAAGUACAGCUGUCUUCUGAUAGCUCAGAUGAACCUGCAGAAAAGAGAGAAAGAAAAGAUAAAAUCCAAAAGGAAACAAAGAAGCGACGUGAUUUCUACGAAAAGUAUCGGAACCCACAAAAAGAAAAAGAAACUAUGCAGUUGUAUAUUAGAGAUAAUGGCUCUCCUGAAGAACAUGCAAUUUAUGUGUGGGACCACUUCAUUGCCCAGUCAGCAGCUGAGAAUGUAUUUUUUGUCGCUCACAGUUAUGGUGGACUUGCAUUCGUAGAGUUGAUGAUUCAACGAGAGGCAGAUGUAAAGAAUAAGGUAACUGCUGUGGCAUUGACAGACUCUGUUCACAAUGUGUGGCAUCAAGAAGCUGGCAAAACUAUUCGAGAAUGGAUGCGAGAGAACUGUUGUAACUGGGUAUCUAGUUCAGAACCACUAGAUACAUCAGUAGAGUCCAUGUUGCCAGACUGCCCUCGUGUUUCUGCAGGGACCGAGCGUCACGAGCUAACUUCCUGGAAGAGUUUCCCGUCUAUUUUCAAAUUCUUCGGUGAAGCAUCAGAGGCAAAGAACAGUUCAGUCAAACUAGCCCCCACGCGCCGCUCCAACAGAAUCAAAUAUGAAGAGCUUUAAGAGGAGCGGAAGGGGGGGGAAACCACAUCCCUUUGCUGCUUGUUUUCUGCAAGCAGCCUCCCAGCCCCUCAUUAGAUUGUUUUCUUCCUAGAGCACAGGGUCGUGAUGUAUACAUCUAAAUAGCGUUUUGCAUUAUUUCUAGAUGAGUGCAACUGUCAAAGCAAUAUGGGUUCACUGGUUGUGCUUCCUGUGGGCUGUAGCUUGGAUUUCGUGCUGCCCAUCAGUGCGCAGAUUAAGGCUGACAGCAGUACUGCACAGUGCAGCAUGGUGCAGCUCUAAUUGCCCUGACAUAGCCCUGCACCGAGCUGAUGCCAGAGUUUAACAGCUUCUUCGUGGUCCUAUCGCCUACAGGAUUUUUGCUGCUUCCUUUCAGGGUUCACUUUUCUUUCUUGCUUGCUUGCUUUCUAUGACAGGAGCAAACUUUGGGUUUUAUGCAUUUUAACAGAUUUGCUUUUAAAUAAUGUAUCCAGGUAGAUUUCUCUCCCCUCUUCCUCCUCCGUGCUCUUCUUCAGCCUUUAAAAUGCUCGGAGACAUUUCUAACAACAGAAUAUUUUUGUUUGUGCUUUUUUAGGAGGGUUAUUUAAGCCAUAAUGACUAAAUUAAAAUUAAAGAAUAGCACAAAGACAAUAAUGUAGUAUUUGGAUUUACAAAUACAAAUUGUUCUCUGUAGCUCUGAUAAUAUCUUUUUCUUUCCUUUGAGACCAGAGGAGAGACUGUGCAUAAAAUAGCUCCUACGAAAUAAUAAAUUAAUGAAUAGAUAUUUCUAGGGCGGGACUGUCUCUGAAUUGAAAAUAAGGUUUCUAAUAAAUCUGUACAUUACAGAAGCAAGGACUAAAUUUAAACCAAAAUGACCCGAUGCUAUUUCUGCUGAAAUCUUUUGCUUCUUGAUUUUAGGAUUCCCACUUUUGCUAGAGAGGUUUUAAAUCGAGAGCUGUAAAACAUGUUUUAGUGAAAACUGUAACAUAAAUACCUGUAUUUAAAAUUUAGUUUUAGAGCUUCGUUGAUACGUUUAUUUUUUAUUCUAAUAAAAUGUCUAUUUUGAGACAAAGCAAAAUAUAAAUUACUGUUUUUAAAGACGGACAUAAUUUUGAAUAGUAAAAAAAUAAUAUUUACUAUCAAUAGCCUUUUCUUCUCUGGGACCAAAUGGAUCAACUCUUCACACUUACCAUGCUCUGCAAAUAAAGGGUCCAAGAACUUUAGUCCAAAUUUGGGGGAAAGUCUCUUGGUAUAAGAUUUUCUCCUUUGGCAUUAUUUGUAGAGCCCCACUUGCGUUUGAAAGUUCUACCUUAAAAUGCCAAUUGCUUUGUACUUUACCAAUUCAGCAACCGUCUGGAUCUCACUGUGAAUUAUGAUAGCAUAAAUAAAAAGUCAUGAAUUACUGAUUUUGCUGAUUUUUAAAAAUUCAAAGAUGCUUAAAUUUUCACCUUCGGCAUUUUUAAUAACUGUCAUGCUUCAUCAUCAUGAUUCAGUUUUUGAUUCAACGCAGGCCUAAAUUCCAUAUUUCUUUGAAUGUGCUUGCCAAAAUAAUGUCCCUGCCUUAUACACUUGAUAAAAUACACAGCCAGUUUCAUAAAAUAGAAACGCCCAGAAAAUCAUUGAAAUUGCAGACCUCGGAAGGAAAUGUUUUUAGUAAUACUAGCUGAUGUCAGCAACUUUUAACUGCUAAUGUCUGAUAAGCAGCAAUAUGUGCCUGAUGCCAUGUCUGGCAUGCAAGUACACUAAUUAGUUCUUAUAGUUUUGAUGAAGCUAAAUUAAAGUGAUCUUUUCUUCAGUGGUCAUGUCUGCGUUGCCUCUGAUGUUAUUAGAGCAGAGGCAAAGACAAAAAUCAAAACAGUAUUUUAUCCAGCUGCUGUGUUACUUCAAACCAGUCAAAUCGUCGGCAGCCACCAAAUGGGUUUGUGAUAUUGACCCCUUUUUAAUGUAAUGUUUCCCAUUUCGGAGUGGAAUGGAGAAAUUUAGUAUGUCAGGGGUGAGGGUCCGGGGUUGUUGUUAAUACAUGUUUUAAAGUGUUUAAUGUGGAUUUCAGUGUAUUUUUUGUCAGUACGCGUACCAGUAAUCGAAUCAUGUCGCUUCAGUGUAAGGAGAGAUUCCUCCCGAUCUUUCCAUUUUAUUUGCUAACUUCUUUUCGGUUUCAUAAAGUUUGUGCAGUGCUCAGUGUUGGAGGGUCACAAUUACCCAGUUAUAAUACUCCGUGUAUAUACACCAGUCGUUGCUGUUAUUUAACUAACCUGGGGUGUUACUCAGUUCGCACAUUGUUUCUUUCAGCAUCCUCCGCUUGUGACCCGAGUAAAUCACAGUAAAAUUGCCUGAUGCGUUCUGCACUUUUAUCUCCAUUAUAGCUGCCUUAAAAAAAAACCUCUCCUUUUUAUACCUGUCCCUUACCGGGGUGUUUCCUGAGUUAGACUUUCUCAAGCGAGACACGAGGAAGUUGCAAGCUGUGGAACUUCCCAGGCGGAGGCAAAGCAAAAUCCAGGUCUGCAGCUGAGCAGCUUCCAGUGUAAUCUUAUUUCUCAACUUAUCCUGUUGAUUAUGGGUUUGCUGUAUAGACGUAAUAAUAUGGUUCACCUCAUUUCUCCCCAAGUAACUUCAUGCUGGCCACCUGCCUGGGGCUGGCCUGUCACCCAUUCCCGCCGUUUGUACUCGUUUCGGGUUAGUUUCCGCUCUGAUCAGUGUAUCAUGUGAAUAGUAACACAUUGGUUUGCAUUUCACAAGUGUAGUUCUGUGCGUAAAUUCAAAGAACAAGAUGGGUGAGUGUGCGUGAAAAAGCUACCCAACAAACCCUGCAACUGUCAAACUCUUACCACUGGAAAUGCACGAGGGUAGUUUCCAAGGUGCCAAAUAACACAACAAUAUUUUUUAUUUUCAUGAAAAUCAAGUGCAAAAAUUCUACUGUAAUAAAUACCCUAUUAAAAGUGUCUUUCUCGUGCCCCAAUGGACUUGCGUUAUUGCUCAUGUAAGGAACUGCAGGGAGUUCUUAUGAAUUGUAUAUUUCUGUUUACACUUUAAAAAUAAUAAAAUCUUUUCUCUUCUAA